GUCUGUUACAGCGUUUGGUUAUUCCUCGGUGCAGUUCCAUUCACAUCAUGUCUGCUCGUUUUCUGUUGGUGUUGGUGUGCGCGGCGGAGCUGGCCUCGCUGAUCGCGGCGGGUGGCGGCGGCGGCGGCCACAAGAAGGUGGUCAUCCACGUGCCUUUGUUCGUAAAACACCACCACCACAAACACACCAUCGUGAAGCAUGUGCACCACAAGAGUGGCGGCGGCGGCGGUGGUGACCACUACGAGGUCCUCGGAUACACAUACGGUGAACCUAAAGCGGCCCCGCAUGGAGGAGGUCACGGUUGGGGCAUAUCUGACGAAGGUCACGAUGGUGGCUACGCUGAUUCGCCAGUGAGUUUCGAGGGCAGUGACGGCGGCAGCUAUGGCUUAUCAGGCGCUGGGGAGGAGUACUCCGGGGGGCAUGAGGGCUACUGAACACCACCAGCCACGCGAUGAGACUCACUGAUAAGCCAGUAUCUUUAUAUACUUAGAACAACAUGGUUGUAAUUUAAUAUUAUGUGGGUAGGUACGGUGUACCUGAUAGACUUACAAAAUACAAAGAAUAGAAAAUAUUAAGCCAUGGAAACGGAUAAACUAUUAAUAUAAGAGGAUACGUUAUUACUUAACGUUUUAUGUGAUCAUUGUAGCUAAUACUUCAUAUAAGAUAUUUAAAUGUUUCGAUGGCUUUCGAAAAUCGUUUCCCAUUUGUCCCACUAAUAACCUCAUUUAUAACGAAUGUUCAACCGCAGGAAUACGUUAAGAUGUUAUUUUUUGUAAAUAGUAUAUCCGUUAUGAAUAACAGUUAUAUUUAACUGAUAAACAUUAUUUUAAAUGUCUGAUUAUCAUUACCUGUUACUAUUUAAGUUUUUAGUUAAGUUGUUGUGUUGUGAAUUUAUAUUCCGGUUGAGACGGAGUUUGUUGUUAAUAUUAUAUUUUUGUUAAGUUAAACCACAUUUUAUUUG